GCGAUCCUCCUGAUUUGGCCUCCCAAAGUGCUGGAAUUAUAGGUGCGAGCCACCAUGCCUGGCCUAUGUCCUGCCUUUGAAUCUCAUCUUAAUCCUUGAACAGAAAUAUCCUCUCCCUAGAACUUUCAAUAUUUUCCUUUUUCAUAAUAUAUUGUGUAUGUAGAUGAAAUUCAUCCAUGAAGAAGGGCUGGCCCAAGAGACUAUAAUGUGUUCUUGAGUCUAAAAAAAAUACCAUAUAUGUCAGCAUCUUUAUUAAUUUAAGACAGUUUAGAAGUGCUCAAAUAGAAGCUAUAGAUACGGGUUUUGCUUCUGUCUUAACUGCAAUAAAACAAACUAACCUAAGACACGCUGACUUCUGGAACAAGGGCAAUUUGUAGAAAUAUGCUGCAGGCAGUUGAAGUUCUGAGAGAUGAAUACCCUAUUAAAUUGAAAUCUCCUCAGUGUAAGUGUUUUUCAGGUUUCAGAAUGUCUGCUGUUUGAGGGAUGCCUUUUUUAGUUUAAUGUAGUCAUUGGUCCAACCUAAAAUAUUAAGAGAGGCACAGCGUUGCUGACCUACUUAUCUCCCAUGAGGAUGAGGACUAGCGUUUUAGGACUCUCAUUGCUGACCUUCGGGGAUGACGACUUUGAGGACCAGGAAGCAAACAAAAUGGAAAGUCUCUCAGAUUAAGACUCCUGAAAAGAGAAAUCUGAUAUAAGACCAAAAAUGUGAAAGAUUAGAACAAGUUUCCUUUUAGAAUGUUCUGCCCAAUCAGGUAGAAGAAAGGAAAGAUAAUUUUCAAGCCCAUGCUCCAGUCUGUUAGCCAACAAGGAUUUAUUGAGCAAAUACUAUGUUCUGAGCCCCCUGCUUAUAAUCUGGAAAGUACAAUAGCCUAAAAGGCAAAGAACAAAUCUUGAAGGAAUUUUCAAGUCCUGGUGGUUCAGGCAUUAGUGAGCAUCCUUCUCCCUCCUGUCCACUGAGUUCCUCAAGUCUUUCCUCAGCAAGGAAAUCAGCUCUGGCUGUAGUAGAACCCUCUGCAGUGGUUCAGUUACACUUUCUGAGAGAAUCAAAUUGGCCCCAACCUAAAAUUUGUUUCCUUUGGCAGUGAAGGGGUGUCGGUAAAAGGCUCUUUCAACAUGACCUGGGUGAAGUGGCAUUUGCUACUUAACCCCAAGACUCCUGUUCAGUGCAUGGUUCUAUUCCUAAAAUGUCCUCUCCCCAGCUACCAGACAAUUCAACAGCGGCCCUGGGUAGCGCCAAAAUAACCCAUCAUAGAAACACUGCCUGAGGGUAAACAGUAGAUAGGCUUGAGCUUUGCCUUAAUUAAGAGGAUGAGAUCGGGUAUCUUUAAUCGCCAAAAUAGCCUCUCAGACUAAACAAAGACAGAACUGUCUCUUUUGCUGACUACAUGCAAUUUAUUUAAAUUAGUGUUGCACAUUCAAUAAUAGUGUGGAAGCUGUAUUAGAAAACCAUCAAAUUGAAUGAGUUUUCUAGGUCUUUGGUUAGGGAUAAAAAGGGCAUUAGCCACAUUGAAUGGGAUUUGCAUCUCGUUAGCUUGCCUGUAUGUCCUUGGCUAUUGCACACAAAGGAGGGUGCACGUCUCUCUUCAGCUGGGUAGUCAGCUUUAGUUGUGAUUCUGCUGGGAGUUAAAAUAGUGAACUAGAGGCAUAGGUGGGUGAAGGAGAAGGGCCGGAACUUGUCUGACCACACCCUCCCCCGCUUUUUGUAGUUCAAGAUUAUAAUAGUUUGCCUUAGCAGCAGCAAAAGCUAUCUCAGUGUUUAGUACUCUCCUUGGUAUUGGCUGUGAACAAUCUCCUUGCAGAUAUGGGGCAGCUGGCUCUCCUUAUUGUUCAGCAUACGUCCAGGGUUCCCUCCAAUGCACUGGAUUCUGCUUAUGGAAGGCAAAAUAAUUACCAUGUUAGUCUAAGAAAGAGAUUAUAAAAGUGAACCUCUUAUGCAAGGUAAACAUUUUGGAUAUUCCCUUAUUUAGUAUGACCAAUGAGAUGUCACCCACAGAAAGUGGAUAAAAGGGUACCCAAAUGGACCGAAGGCCACAGGAUCAGCUACUCUCUAUCCAUAAACACCCUUGUCAACUGUGUGGCUGCUUCAUCUGACACCCUCUCCUUCCAACAGCGUGCAGGGUCAAAGACAGCCGGCCCCCCAUGUCAGUGGUCUAGGAUGGCCAGUGAAGGCACCAACAUCCCAAGUCCUGUGGUGCGCCAGAUUGACAAGCAGUUUCUGAUUUGCAGUAUAUGCCUGGAACGGUACAAGAAUCCCAAGGUUCUCCCCUGUCUGCACACUUUCUGCGAGAGGUGCCUGCAGAACUACAUUCCCGCCCACAGUUUAACCCUCUCCUGCCCAGUGUGCCGCCAGACCUCCAUCCUGCCCGAGAAAGGGGUGGCUGCGCUCCAGAACAAUUUCUUCAUCACAAACCUGAUGGACGUGCUGCAGCGAACUCCAGGCAGCAACGUUGAGGAGUCUUCCAUCCUGGAGACAGUCACUGCUGUGGCUGCGGGAAAGCCUCUCUCUUGCCCAAACCACGAUGGGAAUGUGAUGGAAUUUUACUGCCAGUCCUGUGAGACUGCCAUGUGUCGGGAGUGCACGGAGGGGGAGCACGCAGAGCACCCCACAGUUCCGCUCAAGGAUGUGGUGGAACAGCACAAGGCCUCGCUCCAGGUCCAGUUGGAUGCUGUCAACAAAAGGCUCCCAGAAAUAGAUUCUGCUCUUCAGUUCAUCUCGGAAAUCAUUCAUCAGUUAACCAACCAGAAGGCCAGCAUUGUGGAUGACAUUCAUUCCACCUUUGAUGAGCUCCAGAAGACUUUAAAUGUGCGCAAGAGUGUGCUGCUUAUGGAACUGGAGGUCAACUAUGGCCUCAAACACAAAGUCCUCCAGUCGCAGCUGGAUACUCUGCUCCAGGGGCAGGAGAGCAUUAAGAGCUGCAGCAACUUCACAGCGCAGGCCCUCAACCAUGGCACGGAGACCGAGGUCCUGCUGGUGAAGAAGCAGAUGAGCGAGAAGCUGAACGAGCUGGCCGACCAGGACUUCCCCUUGCAUCCGCGGGAGAACGACCAGCUGGAUUUCAUCGUGGAAACCGAGGGGCUGAAGAAAUCCAUCCACAACCUCGGGACGAUCUUAACCACCAACGCCGUCGCCUCAGAGACGGUGGCCACGGGCGAGGGGCUGCGGCAGACCAUCAUCGGGCAGCCCAUGUCCGUCACCAUCACCACCAAGGACAAAGACGGUGAGCUGUGCAAAACCGGCAACGCCUACCUCACCGCCGAACUGAGCACCCCGGACGGGAGCGUGGCAGACGGGGAGAUCCUGGACAACAAGAACGGCACCUAUGAGUUUUUGUACACUGUCCAGAAGGAAGGGGACUUUACCCUGUCUCUGAGACUCUAUGACCAGCACAUCCGAGGCAGCCCGUUUAAGCUGAAAGUGAUCCGAUCCGCUGACGUGUCUCCCACCACCGAAGGCGUGAAGAGGCGCGUUAAGUCCCCAGGGAGCGGCCACGUCAAGCAGAAAGCUGUGAAAAGACCCGCAAGCAUGUACAGCACUGGAAAACGAAAAGAGAAUCCCAUCGAAGACGAUUUGAUCUUUCGAGUGGGUACCAAAGGAAGAAAUAAAGGAGAGUUUACAAAUCUUCAGGGGGUAGCUGCAUCUACAAGUGGAAAGAUAUUAAUUGCAGACAGUAACAACCAAUGUGUGCAGAUAUUUUCCAAUGACGGCCAGUUCAAAAGUCGUUUUGGCAUACGGGGACGCUCUCCGGGGCAGCUGCAGCGGCCCACAGGAGUGGCUGUACAUCCCAGUGGGGACAUAAUCAUUGCCGAUUAUGAUAAUAAAUGGGUCAGCAUUUUCUCCUCCGAUGGGAAAUUUAAGACAAAAAUUGGAUCAGGAAAGCUGAUGGGACCGAAAGGAGUUUCUGUGGACCGCAAUGGGCACAUUAUUGUUGUGGACAACAAAGCGUGCUGCGUGUUUAUCUUCCAGCCAAAUGGGAAAAUAGUCACCAGGUUUGGUAGCCGAGGAAAUGGGGACAGGCAGUUUGCAGGUACACUCGAUGGUCCCCAUUUUGCAGCUGUAAAUAGCAAUAAUGAGAUUAUUAUUACAGAUUUCCAUAAUCAUUCUGUCAAGGUGUUUAAUCAGGAAGGAGAAUUCAUGUUGAAGUUUGGCUCAAAUGGAGAAGGAAAUGGGCAGUUUAAUGCUCCAACAGGUGUAGCAGUGGAUUCAAAUGGAAACAUCAUUGUGGCCGACUGGGGAAACAGCAGGAUCCAGGUUUUUGAUGGGAGUGGAUCAUUUUUGUCCUACAUUAACACAUCUGCUGACCCACUCUAUGGCCCCCAAGGCCUGGCCCUAACUUCAGAUGGUCAUGUUGUGGUUGCAGACUCUGGAAAUCACUGUUUCAAAGUCUAUCGAUACUUACAGUAAUGGUGGGCAGCUGGAUACCCGCUUUCAAGGUCUUGCACUAUAAACUGGAAUGGAUUUCUCAGUGUGGGACCAGAUUAUGACUAGGAUUUUUAUGCCAGAAGGAAUCAUUGGUGAACUUUCCAAGGUUAUUUCUGAAUGUAACAAUUUCCUUAAAAACUGCUUAUCCAAUUUCUGUAUUUCACCUUUAGGGUUAAAAAAAAACCUCUUCUACUGAAUCUAUAAACUGCAGUUUUACAUCUGUGAACUAUGGCUUAAGGGACAGGAUUUAUGUAGCUAAACUAAUUUUGCAAAUCAGACACUUAAAAAAAAAACUAGCAUAUGUAAAGGUAUUUGUUAAUCCUGUGAAUGGUAGCUUUUGCACAGAACUUCCAAAAGCAAAACAAAAACAAAAUCUGUAGUUAUAUACUUCAUUUAACCUAGGUCACAAGACCCAGGGAAUCUUCUAACCUCACUUUUACAGUAGGUAUUACUCUUGUGACAUUUUUUUGGUUAUCAGCAACUACAUACAAAUUACUUUAGAAAAAGAAAGGCUGUCUUGCAAAAUGAUCCCAGCUCUGAUUAGCAGGCCUCUGGAGUUCAGUACUUAAGAAUCAGUGCAAAUUUCUCAACCUUUCUGGGUUAGACAAAGAUCCUUUUUUGUGUGUUCUUUUCACCACCUCUUUUUGGCUCACCUUGUAUCAGAAAACAAAGUACAUCUUCAGGGAAACCUGAAAUUUCUAAUGCUUUGAAAAGUAUAUUACAAAAGUAAUGCUACCUUUUGGGAAACAAACUGCCCCAUUAACUCCAGAUCAUUGCACUGGAAUGUAAUCAAAAAAAGUUAGUCAUGUUUUGUGUACCAUGUUUUCACACGUGUCUCUCCUCUUCGACUUCAUGAAAGCGAAAGCUUUACCUCCUGCAAAUGUCAGCACAUGUAGUAGGACACCAGUAUCCUAGGACAGAGAGCCAUAAGUAGCCCUUUGGAGGACUGAUGGUGUCAACCAAAGGCAUGUGAUUGAUAAAUGAUUUCCCCUUAGAAAGCAAGUGUUACCAAAGUUGUGUUAUCUUGAAAGCAUUACAGGUAAGGGCAUGUUAUGGUUAUUUAUCAUUGUUUAAUGAAUAGUAGAGGUGUCAAGGGACUAUGUAUACAUGAUUAGGGUAAGAUAGAAUGUAUUAUAUAUAUAUAUAUACACACACACAUAUAUAUAGCUGAAUCUUUGGUGUAUUGAAAUAGGCAGCACUCUGAAAGACAGAAGCUUCGUCCAGCCAUUCUUCAGCACAUUCCUUUACUAAGCAGUUUAAAGCCGUCCUAGUGGAGCAAGCCCUAAAGCAGAUUUAAUUUUUGCCAUUUUUCCAGGAAUGAUGGUGGUGGCUGACUUUUAGUCAGAAAAUGGCCUUCUGUGCUUUCAAAAAAAAAAAAAAAAGAAAAAAGAAAAAAACCCAACAGGUCAAAAGAAAAGUUGAACUUGAGUUACAUUUAAUUUAAAUAUAAAUGCAUUUUGAGAAAUGUUAAGAACAAUUUAGUCAAUCGUGCAUCUGUCAUUGGUACUGUAAAACAAGCUGUGGUCUGUUUCCACUGUUUAAUUUUCUACUCAGUUCUACCAAAUAGGAUGUCAUGUUUGACAUUUUUGAUGGUGACUUGGGGUCUUCUUCACUGAAAGCACCUUAGAACUGUACUAUAAGAAAACGUUUCCCCUAUGUAUAUGAAUGUGAUGUUUAUUGCUUAUUAAUUUAUAAUUCAGUCAUUCUCUAUACAGGACUUCUUAAAAUUUAGAAGGGAAAUCUAGCUACGUCAAAUUGCCUAUUAAAUUUAUUAUGCCCAAAUCAGCCUCUGAAAAAAGGUUUUUCCAGGAAGAUUUACAUUUAGGUUUAAUCUUUUUUUUAGUUAGGUAGAGUUUUAAAAAAUAUUUGAGCCUGUCUAUGAUAAAGCUAUAAAAUUCAAUAACUUUUUAGAAUGUUAAAUGAAGACACUGUUUCCUAACAUCAGUGAGAUACAUCUUUGAAUUUAAACAUUCAUAUUUACUGAGUACCUACAAGGUACCAAGUACUCUUUUAGGCGCUGGAAAUACAGUGAUAGACAAAACAGGUAAAAAUCUCUGCCCACUCAGAGCUGACAUUCUGGGGUGGGAAUUUCAUUUUGCUGUGUGCUAACAUUCUUCACAAAAGACAGGCUAGACUCUUGUCUAGAUUGUUUAAAAUAAACUUUUUAAAUUGGUUACAUUAAUUUUAGUUUAUUUUCACAAGUAAAAGAUGGCUUUCUAUUUAGAGUCUUUCUGUCCCAGGCUGUUGAUCUUUAAACUAGUUGAUUUAAAGAGGUUUUUUACACAACAUUUAAAUUAUAUUUGUGAACUUAGAAAUUAACUUACAAUCUAACUAGCCAUCAUAUCAUAUCCUAUCAGGCUAGAUAUCUCAAUAGUAGACUGAAUACAAAGCUAAUUUUUUUUAUAUGUCAAUAUUGGCAUAAACUGGAAUGAAAGAAUAAUUUGAUUCAGACCUGCUCCACUAUGUGUUGCUAAAACACAUGCUAUGGGCACUCCAGGAAACACUAUAUUUUUUCCAAAAAAUAUGUGAUUAUAUAUAUUAAAGUAUAGAUAACAUUUCACACUUGGAUACAUAUGUGCAUUUACUGUAUUUCUUGGUAAGCAUAUUUUUGGGGUAAAGUGCUGCUGAUAUGAUACAACUAGACAAAAUUUAAAUGAAAUUUUGUCACAUUCUAUGGAAAAUGGUUUCUGGUAAACUGAGAAGGAUAUUAAAAUAAGUGGUUUUUUUCUGGGCUACCAUUAUUGUUUGAUUUCUCUUUGUCAAGUGUAUAGAACCUGUCAUACAUUCAUGAUAAGUAGCACUGAAAAAUUACUCAUUCAAAUUUCCCCUGGGCACGUAAGGCAAAAUAUUGCCAGUUGGGAUUUCAAGGUCAGUGACGAUGUAUUUCCUCCCAGUACAGACCCCCCACCCCCCCUUGCUGGACAUGGGGAGGCAGAGAGUCACUUGACCAUCCAGAAAUACAUGACUAUAAGUCCUUUAUGACUGUAUGCCAUUUUUUUUAAUGUUACUUAGUAUUUUGAUCAAACUUUAGUCUCCAGAACUAAACAAGUCCCUAAGUUUCCUUAUUUUAAUUUACUGUGACUAGAUUUGAGGCAAAUAAAUACUCCAGAUCCAUGCAGCUAGAACACACUUGCUUCCACUACUAAAUAUACAGGGUAUGUCCUAACACGGAGUUAACUGGAAUAGCAGUACACUGCAAGUAUCUAUGAAUCCUUAGCACUGAAGGGUUAACAGAAAUGCUUUGGUAAUACCUACUUAGUUAAUUGGAGGAAGUAGUAAAUAAACAUUAGGUAAUCUGCAGAUUACUUCAAAUGGGAAAAAUCUUUUUGUAGACUCUAUAGUAUCCUCUCUAUUCACUAGCUUCUGAAAAGGGAGGAGUAUUUUUAGUUUGAUAAUUUAAUAAUUUAAAAACAAGACAUCUCCAGGUAGGAUAAAAUUAAAGCUAUUUCAUGCAAACAUUAUCUAAUUUAGCUUAAAAGCAAAAGUGGUAAUACUGUUGGUUUCUGUAAAUGUUGCAGGGUUUUAAACUUUAUAAUUACUUUAAUAUUUUUGAUAACUAGAAAUCUAGUAUUGCCAUAAAGGAAACUAAGUGCCCAUCAAAGAUUUGUUUGGUAUAAAUAAAGAAUUAUUUGUUUUGUUUUCAAUGACAGUAAGCUACAAAUCAUGAUGCUAUCUUAAAAACUUUCUAAAGAUGAAUUGUGUGGCAGUGAUUGUGUGGUCUGUUCGUGGAGAAUGUAUGAAAGCUAUUAAUAUUCUAGAAUAGAUUAAUAAAUUGGCUAUGUUGUUCCAAUGAAUGUACAGCACUUCCAUUAACUUUUGAAAGCAACACAGCCUUAAACUCAAUGCUUUUGCUUUAUGACAUGGGAAUGUUCUGUCAUCAAUGGAGUGUAUUCUUGUAAUAGAAUUCUUUAUAUCAUUCUCAAUUCUAUAGACUUUCAAGCCUAUGUAUGAAUAUGAAGCGUUUUUUUUUUUGCUUUGUUUUCUUUUUAGAUUUUGUACAUUCCAUCUUUAUAGGUCUGUUUCAUAUGUUUUGUGUAUAGAACACUAAGUCUUGCACUCUCUAACAUUGAUACUGAUAUAUUCUCGUCAUUUGUUCUUUUAUGAAUCCAAAUGUUGACUGCCUAUUUAAAGAAAAGAAUGAACGCUGUGCAUCAAAGUGUUUGUAUGUUCGUAGCUACAUACGUACCACAGUAUUUUGGAUGCUUUAGUCUACAAUGAAACUUUCAAUUAAUUCUGUCUUGAAACAUAGGAGAAACAAGAUUCAUGUGUAUCUCUUUACCAUGCACAAAAUCUCAAAUCAUUAUAAUAAAGCUUGUUUUCUCCA